UUUUCGAAUUCUAAAGAAGAGAUAGAUCUAUUCGCUAUAGAACUAGACUAACUAUUGUUCUUUUAUUUUACUGUUGUGGCUGUUUUUAAUAGCUUAAAACUAACUACUAUAAAUUAUAAUAUAAUAAUUAUAAUAGGUAUUCUAAAAGGACACUCUCUACUAUUCUUACAAUGUCUGUGAUCACCAAAGUGCCAGAACCUAAUUUAUGGGAAGAGAUUUGUAAAGAAUUUGCUGCAUUACGUUCUUGGGAAACUGAUAAUGACAACAAAUCAGUAUCUACAGACUAUCUUGACUUCGAUGCGUCCAAGCAUACGCCAGUCUUCUAUGGGAAGAUUUUUACUGGCAUGUUUGCUGAUGCAGACGUGACAGCUGACUUUGACCCAGCUGUCAGCCACCCAGCAUGCAUUGGGUUCAGUUUUGCAGAGAAGCUCGCAAAACCUGCAUCUCCAAAACCUCCACCACCACCAGACAAAUACACGUGCUCACCUACAGAGUAUUUGAAUUUUUAUAUUUACCCAACUCUACUACCAGCAUUGGAAGCCAUGUUAAAACAAGCAAAAGUGGAAAAAUGUUUUGAGGAAGAAUAUGCACAACAUACACAGGAAGAUAGGAAGAAAACUAAAUUUAAUGCUUGUGAUUAUCUAACAGAGUAUCUAUACAGACAUAACUCUUUUCAUAAGGAUAAAAACAGGGAAGAUGUCCCGCUGCUGGACAUUCCUUUUGUCAAAUCUUGGCUGGUAGAUCAUCCAAGACCUGCAUUGCCUAAGUCUUUACUCUGGUCAGAUGAUGAAGCUGCUUUGAUAAUCCAAUGUUUCUGGAGGGGUUACAGGGUUCGAAAGGAUCCCGAAGUGCAAGAGUUGAGAAUAUGGCAGCGGGAAUGGAGAGAGGAGAUUUCAGGCAUUCAGAAGAGGGUCACAGAGUUUUGGGAUGAGAAAAUGCCAGAAGGUGACAGCACAAUGAAACUUCCAGAUCCUGAUGAUGAUACCUAUUUAUAUAAAGAAAUAAUUAUUGAGUCACCGUCACAAUCAUGUGUCAGUCCCUGAUGGUUGGGUUAAACCUGCAAUGUAGAUCUUGGUUUUUAUAGAAGGUUAUCCAGUUACUGACAUUUUCAAAAUAGAUUUUCAGAUAUGCUGAAUUAUUGUUGUUGGAUAAAUGUGUGAAUUUAGUGAAUGAUGGUCUACUAUGGUGUGACUGAAUGAGCAUAUCGAAGUAAGUACAUGUGAUAUGCCCCACUCCAAGGUAAAGAAUGUCUGCCAAACUUAAUUUUUGAUAGAGGGAACACAAAUGUGAAAAAAUAAAUUUCUCGCUUUUUUUUUUUUAAAAUAUAUUUUGGAAUGUGGUAGAUAAGGAAGUAACUAUGAGCACAACAUGAGCAAUUAAUUUUAAGUUUGUUUGAAAUUGAUAAAACAACAAUAUAAAGCACCUUUUUAUUAGUCAGUGGAUCAUCAUUACAUAUUAUUAUUAUGUUGUAUUGGAUUCAUAAGCUACCUUUCAGUGAUUGAGAAUGUUUACAAAUUUGGAAUUAAUGCUUUAAUUAAAUGACCAACUACAAAAUAGGACUUCUAAGUAAAAUGUAAUAUUUGAUGAAUUUCUUUUCUCAAUGUGUUCAAAGAAGAAUUGUUCUGAACUGAUUUGACAGCCUUAGGAACUCUUGAGAGCGGUGAAUAAAAAAAAGUGAAAUUAAUUUCUUUUAAGGAUUACACAAUUACCUAACAGUCAUUGAUUUUUUAAAAAUGUUUAUAUUGCAAGUAAUAAUGUGUUUAGAAUGAAAUAUAACUUAUGUUUGUUGUCAGCAUGUUUAUAACACCCUUGUCAUCCUGUAUUAGGUUUGGGGUAGAAAGCAAUGAUCCUCAAUUCAGAAGGAACAUUUGAAGCAUGUUAAAACAAAAGAGACAGUUAAAUACAUGAACUAACUCAAACCAUGACUUUAUUCAUGACUUGUGUACCUUUCAAUAUAGCACACAAAAUAUGUUUGUGGUUACCAACUACAAUUCCUUGUUCACGUUGUAGAUUUAUGUUAACACCAAAAACAUCUUUUUCUCAUCAGCACUGCUUUGUAAUAUUCAUUAAACGUUUUCUUAACUCAGCCUGCUAUAAAAUAUAAAAAGUUUCUGAUACAUAUUAGUUAAAGUUUACAUAAAUAUCUAGAAUAGAACAAAGAAUAUUACAUCAUGAUAAGACAAUAUUGCACAUACAGGUUUUCUCAUAUUUUUAUUGUUCCUAUAACAAUAUCACAACUUAUCAUGCUGCUACACAUCUCAUUUGUGGGAAAUUUUAAAAAUAAAACUCUUAAAAUACCAUU